ACAACAAGCUAACCUGAAGCAGGCAGCGUAGGCAACCCGUUUCUCGCAGAACUCAAAAAGUGGAAAUCCCACCCACAGGUGGCAGGGACUGCAGAGAGAAACAAAAAUAUAGACAAAACGUCUCCUGGGGCAACGCUAGGGUGUGUCUCUUGAGAACUGCAUGCUGGGAGUUGCACCUCCUUUUUUCUGGAGGCCCUCUCACCUCCUGGCCGCUGGGGACGUUCGGGAGUCAGCUUCAGGGCUGCGUGCCGAUUGGCUCCUUGGGAAACAGCAGGCACCCCUGGUUGCGUCCCGCUGGCGUCUGGUCCUCGGUGUGGGUGUUCGGCGCCGCGUUUUUCGGUUUGUUUUCGGCACUGUGUUUUGUGGUUGGACACUUAAAGAAGAUUGUUUGAAGACUGCCUUUCCAUCAAAUAGCAUGGAUCCCAGCAGCGACUACCAUUUCCUCAAUCAGAUUUUGUGGAGAAGGGUGAAACUCACAUUGGUUUGUGGCAUCUUUGAGGGAGUACUCCAGCAUGUGGACCCUAACAAGAUUGUUGUCCUGAAGAAAGUGAAGAAUGUGGAGACUGGUCGAAGUGUUCCAGGAGUGAAGAUGUUUUUUGGGCACGAGAUUGUGAACGUGGAACUGCUGGAUGAAGUGGAACAAGGUGCAGAGAGAGAAAAGGCAUCUUCUGUUAGUCUAAAUACAGAAAGAACAAGGAUGGAUAAAAUGAAAGGUGAAGAUCUAAACAUAUGUGAGCCUACUUCUCCUGUCCCUGAGUCACCAACCACCUCUCUGCUGAAUCACCUCAAGUAUAGCGCAUCAGAAGAAGAGGAGGUGACAUACACAGUCAUUGAUCAGUUCCAGCAGAAGUUUGGUGCUGCAAUGCUUCACAUCAAGAAGCAGAGUGUCCUGAGUGUGGCAACAGAAGGUGCUAAUGUGUGUCGUCAUGGGAAGCUGUGUUGGCUUCAGGUAGCCACAAAUAGCCGAGUUUACUUAUUUGACAUUUUCCUUCUGGGAAGUCGUGCUUUCAACAAUGGACUUCAGAUGGUAUUAGAAGACAAGAGAAUUUUGAAGGUUAUCCAUGAUUGUCGUUGGCUUUCUGAUUGCCUCUCUCAUCAGUAUGGAAUUUUGCUGAAUAAUGUCUUUGACACACAGGUAGCAGAUGUCCUUCAGUUUUCCAUGGAAACAGGUGGCUUUCUUCCAAAUUGCAUCAGUUCUUUACAGGAGAGUUUAAUCAGACACCUUAAAGUAGCCCCUAAAUAUCUCUCCUUUCUGGAAGAGAGACAAAAAUUGAUUCAGGAAAAUCCAGAAGUGUGGUUCACACGACCUCUUUCACCAUCUUUACUGAAAAUUUUGGCCCUAGAGGCUACCUACCUACUACCCCUUCGUUUGGUACUCCUGGAUGAGAUGAUGUCUGACCUAACCACCCUUGUGGAUGGUUAUCUAAACACCUAUCGAGAAGGGUCCGCAGAUCGCCUGGGAGGCACCGAGCCUACAUGUAUGGAGCUUCCAGAAGAGCUUCUUCAACUCAAGGAUUUCCAGAAGCAGCGCAGAGAGAGAGCUGCAAAAGAAUAUAGGGUGAAUGCACAGGGACUCCUAAUAAGGACAAGGGUACAUCCAAAGAAAUCAGUGCCAGAGACAGCAGGGAAAGAGGGAAAAGUAGGGUUUUCCUUACUUUGUAAAAAUUCUGUACUAGAUGAAACUCAUCAUGUAAAUUUGCUGAAAGAAGAAUCUAAGAAUAAACAGACUUCAACAGAACCUCAACAUGUACCUCCCAUGAAGGAAGAAACCAACGAGGAUUCUAUCAAUAAACUCAUUUGCCUUGAGUCAGAGAGGCUAGAGGACCAGAGAAUAGCUGAAAAAGAACACAGUAAGACACCCAAACAGGAGUUUCAGACAAGGUUAUCUUUGAAAGAGGAGAUAGAACAGUUACUGAUGGUGCAAAACCAGGAAGAUCUAAAAUGCACAAAACAAGAUAUUUCAGUGUCUCCUUCCCUUCCUCAGGAAACCAGAGUCUCUCCAAGUGACACCUUUCAUCCUUUUAGAAAAGCCGUGUUUCCUACAUUUCCUCCCUGUCCAGCCUUGGAGAAAACUGAUUCUUGGAUAAAUCCCUCUCCAAAUCUGUCUUAGAAAUGUGCGAUUUGUUUUUGAGACCAUGAAGGUGGCUCACUUCUUCUACCAGCAGUACCUUCCUCAGAGCUUAAGUUUGUCAUGUUGGAAAUUUAGUUUUGCCUCAGUCACGAAGGAACGCCUUAGGGAAAAUGAUAUUCUCUUGCUUACUUCUACAUGCCUGGAGUUUGAUUAGGAUGGGAAUGAAUAAGUUAAAUAAUGGAAGAAGUAAAUUUUUUUAUUAUGUCACUGUGCGGAAAUAUUCCCAGUGGUCAGAGCAAAUUAUUUCUCAUAAUUUGGGUUUGGAGGAUUUGAGGAGGGGAAAAAUCUCGGACUUAGUAUCUGGAAGCUAUAUGCUUUUAAACUUUUUGUUUUGUUUUUGUUUUUUUGUUUUUAUUUUUAAUAAUUUAAGCUCUGUGCCCAACCUGGGGCUCCAACUCACAACCCCAAGAUCUGAAGUCACAUGCUCUACUGACUAGCCAGCCAGGCACCCCUACUUUUAGACUUUUGUUGUAUUUUUUGGUCUGAAAAAGGUUGGUAAAACUUUUGCCAAUAAGUUUAAAAAAAUGGGAACUGAUAACUUUACCAGUACUUUUUUCCUUAGUAACAUUUUCCUAAAAUAUUAACUUUAAUUUAUCAAUUGUACCUCAAAAAAGCUGAGAAAAUACCGACUUUUUAAAAAUUUUAAUGUUUUGUCUGUUUUGUGUCAUAGACAGGCACUAGUUAAUGUUAUUAACAGGCAUCAGUAUCCCAGUUUUAAUUUCUUUUGAUUCUCUUUACUUUCAGAAGGUUUUGUCCAUUUUUGUAAGAAAGCAGGGGCUUCUUUUGAGUAUGUUUAUUAUGUAAACUUGAAGUUUGAUUCCCCUCUUUUGCCUGGAGUUGGUAUACUUUUUUUUUUCUUAAUUAAAAAAAUUUUUUUUUCAUUUUAAGUAGACCACACCCAAUAUGGGGCUUGAACUCACGAACUUGAGGCUAAGAGACACAUUUUCUACCAAGCAAGCCAGCCAGCACCCAGUUGGUAUACUUUUUUAGGGUGAAAGGAAGGCAGCUUGUACGGAGCCCUUUUUAUAUUGAAUACUUGCAAGGUGCUCACGUUCUAUUGUAUACAAUAACCAAUAAACCUGUUUUGGCAUUGGA